AUGACGUCUUCAUCACCGUCAAAAGCUCUUUGUGCACCAUGUGGCAAAAAUGGUGUGGGUAUUUUUAAAUGUGAAGGAUGUACACAAGUAUUUUGUCGAAAACAUUCUGUUGAACAUAGAGACACUCUUAGUCAUCAAUUAGAUAAUAUCGUUCUUGAACAUGAUAUUCUACAGCAGACGAUUGUUGAGUAUGAAGAUAAACAAAAUCAUUGCCAUCCUCUUAUUGAGCAAAUUAACAAAUGGGAAACAGAUGCAAUCGAAAAGAUUCGACAAACAGCACAAGAAGCACAACAACAAGUUAAUAAAUUGAUCAGUACACAAACAGAAAUCGUGUCAAAGAAACUGAAUGAUCUUGCUAAACGAUUGCGAAAAGCUCGUACAGAUGAUGAUUAUGUUGAAACUGAUCUUCAAAUAUGGGCAACUAAACUUGAAAAAUGGAAACGUUAUAUUACUGCUGUUUUCCAUUCGAUUAAUAUUAAUGAGGAUCCAACCAAUAUACUUAUUGCUAAAAUGUAUAUCUCUUCUACAGUGCAACAACUAGACUUCCAAGAACGAUUUGGACAAGUUUCUGGCGAUAUUUAUAUUGAAGAUAAUGGCCGUGUGAUUAAACACGCAAUAAUUUUCAUUAAUACAAAACAGAAAACUGUCAUACUAUCAUCAACAAGUUCAAUGCCAGUUCCUAGUGUCGUAUUACAAAAUUAA